AUGGUCUCAGAAGUCAAUCUGGUGGAAAACAGUUCAGAAUGGGUUAUUGACACUGGUGCUUCAAAGCAUUUCUGCGCAAGGAAUGAGUUUUUCAUCGAAUUCGAGGAUGGGAACGUAGGUGAACGUGUAUACAUGGGAAACUCUAGCAGCUCUAAAUUGUUUCCAGUGGAUCCAUGUGCACCAAACAUUGUCUCCGAAAGCAUUGCUUCACAACUUUUUGCAGCUUCUUUGUUUCCUUACGUUGGGUUCUUGUACUUCAUCACCAAGUCCAAGUCUGCUCCGAAGCUCAGCCUUUUUGGCUUUUACUUCCUGCUUGCCUUCGUGGGCGCCACCAUCCCAGCCGGCAUUUAUGAGAAGGUGAAUUAUGGUACUUCCUUGUCUCAUGUGGAUUUGUUACAUGGAGGGGCUGAAUCACUUCUCGUUUUAACCAAAUUAUUCAUUGUCUUGGGGUUGAGACAAGCUCUUAGGAAAAUCAAGGAUGCAAAAGAAAGCACAUCGAGUUCUGUUCCAGGCGCGAAAAUGCAGAAGAAGCCUUAAAUACAGAUAAAGUGUAAUUCAAUUCAGUUGGAUAUCCCCACAGUUUCUCUUG